CUGAAGCGCAGGCAAAUCAAGGCAUGAAAAGGCACAGAGAGAUCACACAGUACACAUUAACCAAGGGCUUGAUCGCAGCCGAGGACGUACAGUGUUGAGCCUGAAGUUGAAGGCACACGAUGAGUUUCGUGCUCUCUCUUUGGAGGGCGGGUGUGAUUCUCUGCUUGGGUCAACUUUUAUAUUGUGGAGAGGCCAGAGUGAAAACUGAAGUACAAGCUGGGCCUCUGUAUCGUGUGUUAGGCUCUCCCCUCUACAUCACCUGCAGUGUGAGUGGCUUCAGAAGUGAAAACACUGACAAACAUUUUGAAUUCCGUAUGACGAAGCCUUCAAACCCAGACUUUGAGAUCCAAAUCAUCAGUUCACAUGAAGAUACUUUUGGAUAUUCUUCUCACCUAACCCGUGUGAGAAAAAAUGAAAUUGCUUUGAAACGCCUCUCACCAAACUCAGUCCGCUUCGAGAUAAAAAGCCUGCAGAAAACUGAUGAAGGGGAAUAUGAAUGUACUGCAGUCAACUUAGAAGGUGCUUAUGAUGGAGAGUAUUCUGCUAAGACAGUCGUUAAAGUGAUUGAAGACUCCCUGAGUGUCUCAUCAUCUGCUUCCACACCACUGAGCUUAAACGAGGGUGAAGCUCUGACUUUAACAUGCCUGGCCUCUAGCAGCACCAGCCAGCACACCCAUCUGUCUGUUGCCUGGUAUCUCCAUAAAGAUGGACAGGAGGACGCUCAGCCUAUCAUUUCUCUGAAUAGAGAUUUUACACUGAGCCCAGGCCAGGGGUUUGAAAGGCGUUACCAAGCAGGUCUCAUACGCUUAGAUAAAUGGGGAGAGGCCUCGUACAGCCUAAAGAUGGCUGAGGUUGAGCCAUCAGACCAAGGUAGGAUCUACUGCCAGGCUCAGGAGUGGAUCCAAGAUCCUGAUGGCUCCUGGUACAUCAUCAUACAGAAGAAUGCAGAAGAAAUGACCCUGACAGUUAAAGCCACAGAGGUGGUGGAGCCAUCGUCUCCGUCUCUGGCAGUGGAAAUCUCAGCACAGCCGGCAGCGCUGCAGGAGGGGCAGGAGCUGAUGCUGUCCUGUAAUAUAAACACACAGGACGUGGAGAAAAGAUUCUUCUCUGUAGCAUGGCUCAAGGGAAGUGUGGAGCUGGCCCGCAUUGGUCCCACAGGCGUUCUCACUGUGGCACCGGAGUACAGUGUUCGACAGAAAAAUGGAGAGCUCAGAGCUGCCCGAACUGGGAACAGAAAUUACCGUCUCAUCUUAAAGCCUGUGAGAACUGAGGACCAGGGAGAGUAUAUCUGUACAGUCUGGCCUCAAGAGAGAGGCCAAGAUGAUACUUUUAUUGAGGGAGAACCCAAAGACUCCAGCCCACAGCGGGUCACCGUCUCAGCCACAGAAAACAGGCUGUCAAUCAAAAUGCAGCAGGCAGGAAAUGUCACCGAAGGGGGCGGGCUGCAUCUCUCCUGUAAAGUGGAUGGGGUUCAAGGUCAACUGUCUGUCACCUGGCAACUCAAAUCAGCACAAAUGGCCUCGUUCACCGAGAUCAUCAGUAUAAGUCAGGAGGGUGUUACAGAGAUAGCAGAGGAGUUCAUGAGUCGCAAAGUGAGGGUGAUGCGUCCAGCUACUCACAACUUCACCUUAGAGCUUGAUGAGGUCACACUGUCUGAUUCAGGAGUGUACCGGUGUGCUGUGUCUGAGCGCAAACCUAACAGCAAGACUCACAACCAGGCACAAACUACCACUGUGACAGUGACUUCUAUAGAAAACAGGCUGACAGUCAAAAUGCAGCAGGCUGUAAAUGUGGCCGAAGGGGGCGGGCUGCAUCUCUCCUGUAAAGUGGAUGGGGUUCAAGGUCAGCUCUCUGUCACCUGGCAACACAAAUCAACACCAACGGCCUCGUUCACCGACAUCAUCAGUAUAAAUGAGGAGGGUGUUACAGAGAUAGCAGAGGAGUUCAUGAGUCGCAAAGUGAAGGUGAUGCGUCCAACUACUGACAACUUCACCCUAGCGCUUGAUGAGGUCACACUGUCUGAUUCAGGAGUGUACCAGUGUGCUGUGUCUGAGCGCAAACCUAAUGGCAACACUCACAACCAAACACAAACUACCACUGUGACAGUGACUUCUAUAGACACGCUGAUGGGAGUGUCUCUAAUCAGUCGCAAGACUCGGGUGACUGUUGGAGAAAAAUUGGAGUUGAUGUGCCGGGUCAAAGGUCCACACAUGCCGGUAACAGUGACUUGGAGCGUGCAACGUGAGGCUAAAACACCAGACACCAUCCUGACACUUUCCCCUGAUGGCACCAUCAGUUGGUCUGCAGAUCAGAACCACUACCAGCUACGAGUAGAAAGCAGAAAAACUGAAGUCAUGUACUAUCUGCUGGUCAUUGGUACCAGCCACAGAGAAGGAGGAAGCUACCAGUGUAAUGUGUCUGUCUUACUGAAGAAUGUGCACAAGGAGUUGAAAGCAUCCAAUCAGCUUUCUGUGAUAGUAAUCAACCCAGUAAGCAGGCUUGAUGUGUCACCUAUUCCUGCGUUGACAAGAACUAUAAGCACUGACAUAACAAUAACAUGCUCCAUCAUUACAAAAACGUCUGAAUCAUCACUCUAUUCGAUCACCUGGCUGCAUGAGGAAAAUGCAGGAAAUAAGACCAUUGUAAGCUUGGACCGGAAUUCCAUAGUAACGGAAUCCCAGGUGGACCUGCGUCAGCGAAUCAGCAUGAGGCGCAGCAAAGGACCCACUUUUGAACUGAUUAUUCGGCAAGCUCGAAUCUCAGAUAAAGCCCCCAACCUUCGUUUAGAUAAGAAAGAGCAGCAGCUGACUGCCAAAGAAGGAGAAGAAGUCAAGCUCAACUGUAGCAUCACCUCAGGAGCUUCUGGUUCUUCGGUUUUCUAUCGAGUCAUUUGGCAUUAUGCUGCACACAGUUCUUCUUUGAAGAAAGCCUCCCUGGUGGAGCUUGAUCACACCGGCCUGGUGAGUUACCCAGAGAACAAAGACAUCAGAGGCCUGCAGGAGCGGCUACGCCUGUCCAGACCCACUGAGAAAAGCUUUUACCUAAGUAUUCAGAAAGCCCAUGAAGAGGAUAGUGGAACCUACUGGUGCCAAGUGGAUCAAUACCAGCUGGAUAAUGAAGCUCACUGGCAGCUGAAGGCCUCAGACAGUGGUGGUGCUAUCAAACUCAGUGUAAAAGUAACAGAUUAUAUCGAAAGAAGAGUUCAGAUCAAGGAGCACGAGUAUGUUUAA